AUGAAUAGGAGGGAGCUCCUACAGGGAGGACGUCCCUUACGGGGAGUUUCCCUACAGCUCCUUCUAAUUAUUAGCAUUCUCGUCACAUUCAAUCGGAGUGCGGCCGCCAUCGAAUUAUCCGAUGACAGGCUCACGUUUACCAGAGCAUCGUACAAUGUAUCGAUUCCUGAGAAUUGCGUCGGAAAAACGUACGCGCGACCUCAGGAGAGGAUGGGAAUCCUCGCGACUCCCGAGGUCAACGUCAGGUACAAGAUCGUUUCCGGCGACAAAGACAAGCAUUUCAAGGCCGAGGCAAAACAGGUCGGCGACUUUUGGUAUUUGCUCUUACGGAUACGAACCGAGAACAGUGCGGUCUUGAAUCGGGAAUAUCAGGAACAUUAUAAGCUCAAGGUCAGAGGGACCCUGCAGCAGAAGAGCCGGAAGCUGUACGAUGUUCACUGCGACGUCCUAGUUACCAUUCUCGACAAGAAUGAUAUAUCACCACUGUUCUACCCGAAAACCUACAACGUCACGGUUUCUGAGAUGACUCCGUUGUUCCAAAACAUCCUGAAGGUUAACGCCGACGACCCCGACGAAGGUAUCAACGGUGAAAUCUACUACAAUCUCGCCGAGCCGUCCAACGUGUUCGCCAUUCAUCCGACGCUCGGCAGUAUAUCCGUGACGCGGCCGCUCGACUAUCGGAAAUCCAAUGUGUUCAACCUCACCGUCGAAGCGAGGGACCGCGGACCAAAGUUGGGUACAGAUACGGUUAUUAAGGCGAGUACGGCUAGAGUGACCAUUUACUUGUCGCCAGCGAAUCGGCAUCGACCGCAAAUCAUUGUCAAGAAUCUCCAAUCCUAUAUCGAGCACGGAGUCGGUCCCGAAACGUGGGCGGCUGUACAAGUGAGCGACCAAGACGUCGGGGUUAACGGAGAAAUCGGUGGUCUCGCCAUCACCGACGGAGACGUCGAUGGUCAGUUCCGAGUGCAUCAGAUCGGAGCUGGCGAGUACAAUAUCGACUUCGAUCCGCGCAACGGGGCCACCGGGGAAAGCCGCGGCUACAACCUGACCCUUCGCGCUUGGGAUAAAGGCGCCCAUUCGCUAUUUACCGAUCAGAGCGUAUUCAUUCGGGUGCGUCCUUCACUCGGAGCCAUCACGCCCGUGUUCAACAGAGAAGAUUACGACGUCCAAAUCGAUGAAGUCGCCCCGCCGAAUUCGCCCAUUGUCCGAGUUUCGGCACAUCUACCCCACGAAGAGAAACACAACGACGUCAUCGUUUAUAGAAUAGAGACCGGAGACGAGGACGGCGUUUUCGAUAUCAACUCGAAAACGGGGCAGAUUUCCACCAACAAAUGGCUCGACCGGGAGCAGAGACGCUACUACUCGUUGACGGUGAGCGCCACGAACACGAAAAGCCGCUCGACGAGACACCGGACGGGAGCUGCCGUGGCCACGACAAUUGUAAAUAUAAACGUGUUGGACUGUAAUGACAACGCGCCUCGAUUCAACCAGAGCAUCCGAUCGGUGGUAACUAUCGAUGAGAACGUUCCAAUCGGUACAAAAGUCGUCACGGUGAGCGCCACCGAUGCCGACGACGAAGAGAACGGGUACGUGACGUUCGCGCUCGCGAACACCAACAAGAUCCCGUUCAAAAUCAACCCAUUCACGGGCGUCGUGUCGACGACCGACAACAUCGACUACGAGAAGAUGAGCUCGAGUUUCUACCUGUUGCGCAUACGGGCCACCGAUUGGGGCACGCCGUUUCAACGCCAGACCGAAAUGACGGUCCGUGUUCAAGUUCGCGACCUGAACGAUCACAGACCUCAGUUCGAGAAGGUGGACUGCGCAGUUAGCAUAAACAGCCAGACCCCGAUCGGGACCGCGAUCCUCACACUGUCAGCCAUUGAUUUAGAUCAACAGGACCAGGUGCAGUACAAGUACCGGAUGAAGCCGGCUAGCAUACACCAGUGCUUUUCUUUAGACUCGCGAACCGGAAUUUUGUCGGUCGCGUGCGAUUCCAACGAGCUCGUCGACCUGGACGACGUCAUGCUCAACAUCACGGCCACCGACGGCGAACAUUUUUCCGACUCGAUGCACGUCAAAGUGAAAAUCGAGAAGUACAGCGACAGUCAGAACCAUCUGCUCAAGAGUCGCAAGGAGGAAAAGUUCAGACCGCAUGUCGAAUGCCGAGAAGCCGGUCUGACCAAGAGUCUAAGGGAAUUCCUCUCGAAGAGGGUGUCCACAGCGGAUCGCAGCCAUGAUCAGAUAGAGGACACCCUUAUUUCCCAUAGUUUCUUCGAGAACAGAUUUGCGCCAGAGUUUCCCAAGGACACACCCGUGGAAAUCUCUGUCAACGAGAGCGUGCCGGUCGGGACCACGCUCCUUCCACUCCGUGCCAAAGACGCCGAUCACGGCUAUAACGGUCGAAUCGUCUACGUAAUUUCGUCAGGUGACGACGAUUCGUGUUUCAAGAUGGACCUCUACAAAGGGAACCUGAUGCUCGUCGAACCCCUCGACCGGGAACGGACCCCGAAAUACGUCCUCACGAUAACGGCCUACGAUCUGGGAGAACCAAAGAAGUCCGCAUCGAUCAGCGUCGUGGUGUACGUGCUCGACGUCAAUGACAACCCGCCAAUAUUCGAAAAAUCCCUGUACACCUUCAAAAUCAGCGAAUCGGUCAACAAAGGCGCCGUCAUGGUCAAACUACGGGCCACCGAUGCCGACGAGGGGGACAAUGCGAAAAUUCGAUAUAAACUGUCAACUGAAACCGACGAUUUCAUUGUCGAUGAAAAGGCCGGAAUUCUCAUAGUGCACCGGAAUCUAGACCGAGAACGCCAGUCAGAAUACAACCUCAUGGUGAAAGCAACGGAUUCCUCGAUCGAACUGCCUCUGACCGGAACGACGAUGGUAAAUAUACAGGUUCAGGACGUGAACGACGAACGUCCGCGAUUCACUCUGAAGAACUACAUCGCGAGGGUUCGCGAAGACCUCCCGAAAGGCUCCGUCAUAAUGACCAUGGCGGCGCAAGAUCCCGACCUCGACGAUGCCGGGAAGGUCAGCUACCAGCUGAUGAGCAAAGAACUUCGGAACCUGUUCGAAAUCGACUCGGAGACGGGCAUCGUGCGUCUAAUAGGCGAACUUGAUUUCGAAACAAACCAACUGUACAACGUGACCAUUCGCGCCAGCGAUUCGGGUGAACCGAAACCGCUGCACACCGAUACGUUCCUCCUCGUCGAAGUGGAAGAUGUCAAUGAAAAUCGACAUGCCCCAAAAUUCGCCGACGUCGUGGUCCAGGCCUCUGUGGACGAAAAUCUGCCACCGGGAGCCUUCGUGACAACGGUCACAGCCACCGACGACGACGAUUCCACGAAACUCGAUGGCAUGAUCACAUACUCGAUCAUCGAUGGCGACGGACUGGGACUCUUCUCGAUUGAUGAUAAGGGAACCAUCCGGAGUAGAUCCGUCCUCGACUGCGAGAACAAACCCUACUAUUGGCUCGUCGUGUCCGCCACGGACCGCGCGGCGGUGCCGCUCAGCUCGCGCCUGGACGUUUACGUGAAGGUCAACGACGUCAACGACAACGCACCGUUGAGCAAACUACCGUAUUACAAAGGCACUGUUCUCGAAGACUCAGCAGCGAACGUCUCCGUUCUCGGGCUCGAGGCAUUCGACAACGAUCACACUGCCAACAUGGACAACAUAACGUUUAGAAUUACGGCUGGCGACCCCCAAGGCCAUUUCCACAUCGAUACGUACUCGGGCCGCAUCACGACCACGGACCGAAGACUAGACCGUGAGAUCCAGGACAAGUUCCUGCUCGACGUGACCAUCACCGACGACGGCACGCCUCCACUGUCUUCCGUGACGCAGGUGCUCAUUCACGUGGGCGACAUAAACGACCACGAUCCGAAAUUCACUCAAGUGCAAUACCGUUUCAAAAUCCUCGAGCAAGAGGAGCUCAAGGAGCAGGUCGACUUGGCGCAAGUGAUCGCCACCGACGACGAUACCGGUGCCAACUCGGAGCUCGCCUAUUCCAUAACAAAAGGGGCCACGUUUCGUUUCUCGAUCGAUCAACAAACCGGAAUGAUCCGUUCCCGAUCCGCUUUGCUCAAAGACGAAAUCCACGAACUGCACGUCAAGGUCAGCGACCUCGGAGAAGUUCCAAGACACUCCACUUGCGUCGUGAUGCUGCACAUCGCAUCGAAGCCGUCUUCGUCGGAGAACCGUCCGCCGAAAAUCAAAUCUGUCGACGUAAGCGAGGUGUUUGAGGUCGACAAAGUAGGACACGUAGUGGCCAUGAUCUCGGCGAUCGACCUCGAUCUCCACAGCAUCUUCUUCCGAAUCGUUUCGGGCAACGAGAAGAAGCUCUUCGCGUUGAAAAAACCCGACGAGGGUGCUGUGAUAGUCGCUAGACGGAUCGUGCAGUCGGACGUGGGAGCGUAUACGUUAGGCGUAGAAUUAAGCGACGGCCUCGCCAAGACCUAUACCGAGAUCAACAUAACCGUCAUCGACGACAACAAUCAAUACCCUGAGUUCAUUGAGGAGACCUACAACGUCGAAGUUUCGGAACUCGUCUCCCCCGGUACGGAGAUCCUAAAAAUCAAAGCCGUGGACAAAGAUCUCAACGAUCAGCUCUUCUACGCCAUUCACAACGCUGCGGCGACCAACAGUGUGCAGAAGUUCCAUUUGGCGGCGUCGACCGGCGUUCUACAGGUUGCGCAGCCUCUCGAUCACGAGGAAACCCGCGAGCACAUCAUCACCGCUCUAGCUAAGGAUUCAGGUUGGCCUGGGAAACGCGCUUAUGUUCGGAUCCACAUCCACGUGGCGGACCAUAAUGACCACGCGCCUGAAUUUCUACAGAGCUCUUUCGAGGGCAAAGUGUUCGAGAGUGCAGCUUUAGGAACCUCGGUCGUUCAAACGACCGCGGUCGACAAAGACCGCGGAGACAACGCCCGCAUUUCGUACAGCAUCGUGUCCGGAAAUGUCGGGAGCAGUUUCGCCAUCCAACCCCAACUCGGAACGAUUAGCGUUGCGAAAUCUCUGAGCCAACAACUGCUUCCUGAAUACUAUCUGGUGGUAAGAGCCGCUGACCACGGAUCCCCAUCGCUGAACUCCACCGUGACCGUCCAUAUAAAAGUCACCAUGGCGACUAAUGCACCUCCGAAAUUCGAAGCUGAUACCAAAGUCGUGGAAGUCGAAGAAAACAAACCGAUCGGAACACCCGUGGUCGUGACCCAAGCCCAGAGUGGAUCUGCACUCUACUAUGAUAUAUCUCUCGGAAACGAUGAGGGAUGCUUCUCAAUCGACCAAAAUUCUGGCAUCGUGACGACGGCAUGCGUCCUGGAUUAUGAGCAGAAACAACAGUACCUCAUUAUCGUUCGGGCGACCAAUCUCGUCAACUCCUGGACCGAAAUGGCACUCACAAUUCACGUGGUCGACGUCAACGACAACGCUCCUGUCCUCGAACCGAAAGUAUAUUUUGGAACCAUAAGCGAAGCCGCCGAACCCUCGAGCGUCGUCAUGACCAACGAGUCGCUGCCUCUGGUGGUCACGGCGACAGACGCCGACCGUGACAUCAACGCACACCUGUCGUUCGCAAUCGUAGACACCUGGGCUAGGCGAUACUUCAGGAUCGACUCCUCGACCGGAUCGAUCUCAGCUGCGCACCGCCUCGACCGUGAGCUCAGGAGUUCCUACACGUUCAGCGUCGAAGUCUGCGACAACGGAAGACCAACGGUUUUGUGUAGUCGUGGACCAGCGAAAGUUUCCGUGGAGAUCCUCGACGUGAACGACUCGCCACCGAUCUUCGAGAAAGACUUGUACAACGUGACGCUUGUGUUGCCCACUCACCGCGGCGUCACGGUAGCCGAACUCGUGGCCCACGACGCCGACAUAGAUCCAGUCAUCAAGUACUCGAUCAUCGGCGGAAACAUCGAAGAGCACUUCCAGGUUGAUUCCGUGACCGGACUGGUCAAGGUCAAUCAACCCGACAACAUGCUCGAUUACUAUCGGUUGGUUGUUUCCGCGCACGACGGCCUCCACGAGCGUACAGCGUCGCUGCACAUCAGCGUUGUGAAGAGUCCCCUUCACGGCAAUCCCUCGUUCCGAUUCUCGUAUCCACUCUACGAGAGCCGCGUGGUCGAGAAUUCGGACGCGACGAAAGCACCGCUGCUCGUCCUCAGCACGGUUGGAACUCGUCUCCAAGAACCGAUCCAUUUCAAGCUGUUGAACGAAGAGGCCAAAUUCAUCGUCGGCGAAACAUCGGGCGCGCUCACGGUUCGGCCCGGCACGGUCUUCGACCGGGAACAACAAGCCGACUACAGGCUUGUGGUCAAUGCCGUCGCUCUCGCCACCGAAAGAGUUGCGAGCACCUUGAUUGAUGUCACAAUUGAAGACGUGAACGACAAUGCGCCAACAUUUGUCGAUACACCCUACCAUUGUGUUGUGCCGAUCGAGUCCAACAAAGGCGAACAGGUUCAGAAGGUUCGCGCGGAAGACCCCGACGACGGAGCGAACGGACGAGUGCUCUACUACCUCCGCGAUUUGCACAAAGGAGUGUUCGACAUCGACUCGAAGAGUGGGAACAUCACCCUCCGGAAACGUCUUCCUUCUCAUAUGACGCAGUACACGAUCACGGUCGUUGCCAAGGACGAGGGCAACCCACCAAUGUAUUCUGAGGUGCAGGUGCCGGUCAAAGUGGUUACGCGGACGAUGCCCUCGUUCCAGAAGCAAUUCUAUAGCGCUCAUGUGAAGGAGAACCAUCUGCCAACGGAGCCGGUGCUCACGCUCAUCGCCCAGAGUCCAGGUGGUAAACCUCUCAUCUAUGACAUCACUGAGGGCCACCACAAAGAGGAUUUCAGACUAGACUACCAAGCCGGUCCGAGCACGGCCAACGCGCCAUGUGUCAUGUACGUCAAUGAAGAGCUGGAUUUCGACAAGACGGCGAAAUACGACCUCACGGUGCGGGCGACCGACUCAUUGAGCGGGGCACACUCCGAUGUUUCUGUGACGAUCUACGUGGAGGACGUCAACAACCAUCCGCCACUGUUCGAGCAGAUCAUGUACAACGUUUCCGUUUCUGAAGUCUCGCCGCCGGGUUCGAGCAUCCUUACGGUCCGUGCGCACGACAAGGAUUCAAACAGCGUCAUCAGCUACUCCGUCGAGGAUUCUGAUCGCUUCAUCAUCGAUUCCAAGACGGGUGUCAUCAGCCUGAGACGUUCAUUAGAUUACGAGAGGCAUUCCAGAAUCACACUGACGGUGAUGGCAACCGAUUCCGGACCCCCACAGCCGCUGUCGUCUACGGCCUUGGUCUUCAUCCAAGUGACCGACAUCAACGAUAGUCCUCCAGUUUUCGACCGCCCCGUUGUAGAUUGCUCCAUAAGCCAACUGGCCCGAAGAGGGCAAUUCGUCGCCCACCUCGGAGCCAGUGAUCCAGAUUUUUCCCCGAGCGUUCUGAGCGUUCACCAAACGUUGGCCCGCUUCCCAGAUCAGUUCAAUCACAACACCCCCACUCUCGCUUAUCAGAUAAUUUCCGGCAGCCAAGCCUUCACUGUCGACCGUUACACCGGAAUCGUCUCUGUGAGCAACUUACACUUCUUCCGCGAACUCGUCAAGUCCGACCAGGACGUCCACGCGCUGAACGUGUCCGUCACCGACGGAGUGUUCGUCGCAUUCUGCAAACUGAAGGUCCACAUCGUGCCCGCGAACAGCCACUCGCCCAAGUUUACGCAUUUUGAAUACGAGGCCAUCGUUCCCGAGAACUCAUCAGCCAGUACGUACAUCAUCACCGUGUCGGCUGCCGACCAGGAUCGGGGCCAGUACGGUCGAGUGAAGUACUCUAUCCAGUCGGAGGAAAUGACUCAUUAUUUCACCCUGGAUCCGGACACUGGCGAACUCCGCACAAAAAGAACUCUCGAUCGGGAAAAACGCUCCCUGUACAAAAUCGCCAUCGUCGCCGAGGACGGCGGCGCCAGAAUCGGGCACAGCGUCGUCCGCGUCACCGUCACCGAUGAAAACGACAAUCCACCGCAGUUCCUCUUGCCGGAAUACAGAUGCAACGUGAAGAACUUCACGACAGGUCAAGCCAUUUUGAAGGUCACCGCAACCGAUCAGGAUCUCCAGCCAAGGGGUUUGAAAUACUCGUUCCGAGACGGCGAUCCGCAGAACAUCACCGACAGCUUCGGUAUCGUCGAAGACAAUGGCGAGAUAUUCCUCAAGAAACCGCUGACAGAAGGCGCUCGCUACCAGUUUUUCGUCAAGGCAUCCGACGGGGUUUUCGAGACGGUGGCACCAGUAGUAGUGGUAGCCCUGCAUCCGAACCAGAAGGAACCCCACGACUCGAACCGCAUCCGAGACCUCUAUGUCAAGGAGAACGCUAAAAUCCCAACUGUGAUCACGACGUUGAACGAUCAACCGUCGGGUGACGUCAGGUACGAACUCUUGUCGUCCGAGAACGAGAUUUCCCUCUUCACCGUAGACCGGGACACCGGGAGGGUCACCGCCAUCAGGUCGUUGGACCGGGAGGAGUGCUCCAAGUACCACAUCGGCAUCAAAGCCGAGUCUCGUUCCAGUGGAUUAAUCUCCCAGAUCCAGAUUAACGUGAUCGUCACUGACGAGAACGAUAAUAAGCCCGAGUUCGAGUCGGGCGCGGCAGGAUAUGUCGUGCGCCUGGCCGAAAACAUUCCGGUCGGGAGCAAGAUCUUGCGACUGGUGGCCAAUGACGUCGACAUCGAUCUGAACGGAGUUGUGACCUACGAUUUCUUCGAGCGCAACGACCCGGCUGCCGAUAUCUUCCAGAUAGAUUCGCAAACGGGUUGGAUCACGAACCUAAUCGCCCUCGAUCGGGAAUCCGUUCCGUCGUACAACCUCUCGGUGGUCGCCCGGGAUAACGGCUCUCCUCUGAAACAGUAUUCGACGAGCUCGGUGUUCAUCAAUGUGGUCGACUACAACGACAACCCUCCGACGUUCUCGCGAGAUCUAUACGACGUUGAGGUUGACGAAGACGCACCCGUGAACACCGAGAUCUUCACGCUCGAAAUUCAAGAUCCCGACGACCCCAAAAGCCAAACCAUGUACUUCUAUCUAACGUCCGGCGACGACCGGAAUCACUUCGGACUGUCGGACACGGGCGUUUUAUUUGUCCGGCAGCCCCUGGACCGUGAAAGCCAGGAACAUUACAUCCUAGAAAUCGCUGCCAGCGACGGUCUCCAUGUCGCGAAUACGAAAGUCAGCAUCCGACUGCGAGACGCCAACGAUAAUGGUCCCGUCUGUAUACAAUCGAAAUAUAUUGAACAAGUCAAAGAAGACGUGUCCCCCGGAAGUUACAUCCUAACUGUGGCGGCGAAAGAUGCCGACAUCGGGAUCAAUGCCGAGAUGCGUUUCUCGCUCCGAGGCAAGGGACACGAACAGUUUAUUAUCAACUCGACGACGGGAGAGCUCCGGGUCAGCAAGGCACUCGAUAGAGAAACGCAGUCUUCUUAUCUACUGACUGCCCACGUACAGGACAGUCAGCACAUGGAAUGGUCUUGCACGUCGAGUAUUCGCAUCAUGGUCAGCGACAUCAACGACUGCGCGCCACAGUUUCUCAAGGACAACUAUACUGUGGCGAUUCAAGAGGACGCCGAGAUAGGCACCGUGUUGAUGAAGAUCUACGCCACCGAUCGAGACGUCGGCAUCAACCGCAAGGUGUCCUAUAGUCUGAUGGACAGCGCCGGGGGCUACUUCGAAAUCCAGUCCAAUACCGGUAUAAUACAAUUAAUGAAGACGCUCGAUCGGGAAUCGGUCGACUCGUACCGGCUCGCCGUCGAAGCGAUCGAUCACGGCCAACCGAGGUUGUCCUCGGCAGUUUCGGUGAAUGUCGUUGUCCUCGAUGUGAACGACAACCCGCCCGAAUUCACGAAGAAAAUGUACUUCGCAAACAUCAGCGAGAUGGCACCGCACGGCACGCACGUGGCGCAGGUCAAAGCGUUCAGUCGAGAUAUCGGCAUCAACGCGGAGAUCAGCUACAAGCUCGAGAAUGCGGACAACUUCGAUAUCGACCCGGAGUCCGGAAUCGUUUCCGUCAUGCGUUCUCUCGACUACGAAACGCAGGCCCAAUACAUGCUGUCGGUGGUGGCGCAAGACGGGGGAACGCCGGCGCUCAGUUCCACCACCCUGCUGAACGUGACCGUGUUGGAUUUCAACGACAACAGGCCAACGUUCGACAAGGGCCGCUACAACUCGGUCAUCCGUGAAGACACCAAAGUCGGGGAACGCAUUUUGCAAAUCCAGGCAACCGACGCCGAUAGCGGCGUGAACGGGGAACUGUCGUACGCUGUUGUAAACGCAAGCGACUAUCCAGAGUUCGCCAUAGAUCCGCAGUCGGGAGUUGUGGUUCUGCGCAAGAGUCUCGACAGAGAACUCCAGUCCGACUACUACUUCCUGGUGGUGGCCCAUGAUGGAGGUGAACCCGAACUGAACGAGACCGUUGAGGUUUCCAUCACGCUUUCGGAUAUAAACGACAACGCCCCUCAGUUUGUGAAGGGAGGCAACUAUUCGGCCAUCGUCCAAGAAGGCAAACGCGAUCAGAAAGUCAUCGAAAUCCAGGUGACGGACAGAGAUACGCCCGCCAAUGCCGGCCCCUUCACGCUAACGAUCCUCAAUGGAAACUUCAACUCGGACUUCGUUGUUCGGGGAAUGUCCAUCUUCACGCACGGGUCGCUCAACACCGAACGUCGCGCCGAAUACAACCUCCAGAUCCAAGUGAGCGAUGCGGGAACGCCUUCGCUCAGCUCGAAAACGAAUCUCCACAUCAAGGUCAUCGAAGAGAGCAAAUACCCUCCGGACGUCGACAGUUUGCACAUUUAUAUCACGUCGUAUCUCGACGAUUUCCCCGGUGGUCUCAUCGGCAAAAUCCACGCGAGCGAUCUCGAUCCGUACGACAAACUUAGAUUCGAGCUGUCCGACAAAGAGAACGCCUUGUUCACCGUCGACCGAGAGGAGGGGAUAAUCUCUGCCCAGAAUGGUCUGGACGUGGGUUCGUACGUUGUGAACGUCAGCGUGAGCGACGCGAAAUUCACCACCGAGACCCAGGUGGUCGUCGACGUGACGCUGAUUACCGAGGACGCGCUCAACAACGCCGUCAUUCUGACGUUGGCCGACGUCACACCGGAAGACUUCCUGCUGACCUAUCAGAAGGGUUUCCAGAGCGGUUUGAAAAUUCUCUUCGGACUGAAGAAACAGAACGUCCACAUCAUCAGCAUACAGCCGAGCAUCAACUUGAGCCCGUCGAACAAUUCCAUCGAGAAGAGAUCGCUUUCGAAACGCUCCACCCGCCGCGACAAUCUCGACAUUUUGUUCGCCGUUCGGAAGAACCAACUCUACUACGACGCUGCGAUCAUAUCCCAGAAACUCAGGGAGAACCAGUCUCUCAUGGACAAGGAAAUCGACAGGAAAAUUCUCCACAUCUCCCAGAAUAGAUGCAGAGACGGCAUGUGUGUCAACGGAGUUUGCUCGGAUACCGUCGAACUGGAUCGGAGCGAUCUGCAAGGCAUCAAUACCGAUCGGAUUAGCUUCGUUUCACCGAGGCACUACCCCAUGCUCGAAUGCAUCUGUCAACCCGGCUUCGGAGGCCCGAAAUGCAAGGAUCCAAUCAAUGAAUGCUCGAAAAACCCGUGCAUUGCGCCAAAAAACUGUAUACCGUCAACUCUGCAGACGACCGGCUACACCUGUCAAUGCCCCGAGAACACGGGCGGCCCUCUCUGCAACGAGACAUGCGCCGAUUCGAAUUCGGAGACGUGCUACAUAGAACGGCAUCCUCUGAACUUCGACGAGAGGUCCUACGCUCACUACGAACUCAAUCACGGCAUCGAGAAACGGCUGAUGUUCAGCGGCCGAGUGAGAACAUUCCAGCAGUCGGGCGUCAUUCUGUACGCUGCAGGUCCCAGAGAUUAUGCGGUGCUCGAAGUGCACAACGGCAAGGUGCAGUUCCGUUUCGAUUGCGGAUCGGGCGAAGGUCUCGUCCGAGUCUCGCACAAGACCAUCACCGACGGAAAAUGGCAUCACGUUAUCUUGGAACGUCGCGGCAACUUCGCCCGCGUUUCUGUCGAUCGCAAGUGGGAGGCGAGCGGGGUUUCUCCGGGCAGUCACGAUAUUCUCAAUCUGGAUGAGAAAAAUUCGCUUUUUAUCGGGGCGAUCCUGGUGGGCUACUAUCGGGACGAGAUCCGGCGAGGCUUUUUCGGCUGCAUGGACGACAUAAAAGUCAAUUCCGUGUGGCUGCCUCUGCACGUGACAGGGUCGUCGAAUGUCGCCCAACUCAAACGAUUCGUCAACGUUCAAUUCAAAUGUAAAGACCCUCUGCCGAACCCCGGAGCUUGCGGAGCCCAACCCUGCCACAAUGGGGGAACUUGUCUCCUAGGUCUGAACAUCAACAACUUCACUUGCGUCUGCAAUGAGCCGCGUUUCAAAGGCAGUCAUUGCGAGGUUGACACCGAUCCGUGCGCAUCGAAUCCGUGUCUCUUCGGAACUCUCUGCACGAUUGUACAAGAUGGCAAGAACAAUGAUUUCCAAUGUGAAUGUCCACCGCAGCUUAGCGGAAAACGCUGCGAAUACGGCCAGUACUGCAAUCCGAAUCCCUGCCAGAACAAAGGGGUUUGCGAGGAAGGAGAGACUGGUUUUACGUGCAGAUGCCCCAUCGGAUAUCGUGGGGAGCGUUGUCAAUACGACAUCGACGAAUGCUUGCAUCCGAUCUGCGCUCGAGGAGCCACCUGCAUAAACCUUCUGGGUGGUUUCGAAUGCGUCUGUCCUCCGAACGUCACGGGACCCUUCUGCAGCGAGCACUUGCAGCCACCACUGAUCAUCUCGAGCAAACUCAACACCACAGUCGAAGAGCUGAUCGGUAUCGUGUCCGUUGUGUCGUUGGUGUUCCUGUUAGCGCUCUUGACCGUGUGUUUCUUCCGAUACCAAUUCAAGAAACAUCGCCGCAUGCACCUCCAGAGCCAGGUGAUGCUACAAGGCGCGACUGGGGACUCCCUCGACUACUGCUCGAACAAGAAACAAAAGAAAAAGAAACAUCAGCAAACUGCUGAGCAGUGCCAGAUGGCCGAUCUACUUCUGGACAUUGCUGGGAAGACCGGGAAACUCGAUGGGGGAUCCAUGAUGAACAAUCUAGACAAGCAGCCCAUGCUCAACGUCCAAACCACGCAACUCGGACCCGAAUCAGGGAUGACACUUCCCACGACCCCGCAGUCGAUUUUGCGUCUUCCUCGGGGCGGAGAUCCCUACAUCAACAAAGAUCAGAUGUACGCCGAAGACAAAAUCAAAAAUUGUUCGAUCGCAAGCGCUGCAAGCCAGCCUGGCCUUCGCUACGACGACCUGCAGGGCUACAGCUGGGAUUACAGUGACCUGACUGCCGAACAGAGAGCGCUCACGUCGAAUAUCCCCGAGCAUGUGCCCGCCAUAAACGACGAGGUCAAUAGUCUUCUGAGCUCUACAGAGUCCAACUCCCACUCGAACCUCACCGCCCUCGGCUUGUCCGCAAUCCAAAUCACACCCCCGCCUCCUACGGGUCUCGGCGACCUCAGCUUCACCACGUCGAGUCCAGUACAGCUGGGCUUCGAGGACCAGAGCGUGCUGUACAACCGCGGCCUGAACGACUAUUUACCUCCCCACGCACUGUCGCGGGACACGUCCAUCAACUCAGAAUGCGGAGCAGACUUCGUUUCUUAUGGUUUUCCGCAGGGCGGCGGAAAAGGCUUCGUUCUGAACACUCGGAAUCCGCCGUCGAAUGUCAGUGAUGGCAGCUCGACGAGCGACGACAACACGGACAACACCGUGGUCCGAAGGGUGCAUGUAUGA